AUGUCUGGUGCCAGUUCAUGCAUUGCCCAUCCCGCAGUUCGCACUCGCAGCAAGGACUCCGCCGUAGUCUUCCCACUCGCCAGUCGCCUGGGCUCUUGGGCCGACGUCCUCUCUGACUCCGAGGACGAGGAUAUGCCGCUCUCUCUUCUUCAAGGGAUCACCAUCUUCGGCUGUGUGGACGAAGUCAGCUCUACCGUCAAAGUUGGCGAAAGCGUGGUUGCAAGUAAAGAGUCCGUUCAGACUUCCAGCGAGCGGCGUACACCUCUCAACGGGCUGGCCCCUAAGUUCGUCCCGUCCAGCCCACUCAGCAGCAGGGCCCCGGCGUUCGCUCCGCGCUUGGCGCAGACGGCGGGCGAGUCCCCAGUCUCCCCUGCUCUCGGCAUCCCGCAGCAGAGCCUGACCAAGUCCCAAGCAAAGACCACAGCGAUGCUUCGCAAUUUGCCGUGCAGUUACACGCGCGGGGAACUGAUUCGGGAUCUGGAUCGGAAAGGAUUUGCAGGUGGUUAUGAUUUCGUAUACGUGCCCAUGGACUUCGAAAGGGAGCUCUGCAAGGGGUUCGGCUUCGUGAACUUCACCACUGAGGAACAGCUGCGAGAAUUCAUCAAGGAAUUUGAGGGCCGUCAGCUUCACGCCUCGUCCCCCAAAGUCUGCGCAGUGACCAUGUCCCGUGCCCAAGGCCUGAGGGCGAACAUCCUGCGUUUCCGGAACAGCCCCGUCAUGGACAGCGAGGUGCCCGACGCUUCAAGCCGGCUCUCCUCGCGGGCGGGCGCCUGGUGCCCUUCCCCGAGCCGGCAGGGCGCCUCUCCUCACUCGGGGCACGCGCGGCGCGCUGAGCGCGUGCCGCCCGCCUCUCUCGGCCCAGGGCGCCCACCGCGGAGGCCCCGGGAGCAUCGGGGUCGGCCUGCUUGCCCUACAGCGGGGGCCCGUGCCAAGACACACCCUGCUUGCCUCCAGGGUGCCCUGGAUUGCUUGGGUGUCGAUGGUUCUGCGAUG